AAAAUUAUGUCACCCGUUUGUUUAUAUUCCGCAUGUUUCGAUUUUCCGCCGGAAUAAAAAGUUAUCUCAGAUUUCUGCGAAGUUUUCCUAAUUUUCCGACAUUAAAAUCCUCACCAUGAACAUCUGGGGCAAGCUGAAUAGCCUAACCAGCAGUGCUGCAAUGAUCUCGCGGAACUACGCCUUCAAAUCGGAUCUCAAAAUAAAAUGGGUUCGACCGGAGAAAAUUCCAUGCUAUAAACCGGCCAAGAGUGGAGAUCUGCAGGCGAUGCGGCCGAUGGCCGGAACGGAACUACUAAAGGACUAUCGGCAGUCGAAGGAGCUGCAGAGCGCCGAUGAAACAGUGAAAAAUAUGUUUUCGUUGGAGCACAAUCGACGCCGGGAGAUGUUGGAGAAUUUCCGGGAAGAAAUGGUAAAACGGGUUCAGAGGCACGACCUUGACUAUGGCUCAAUGGAAGCGAAAUUGGGUCUGAUGACAGCCCAAAUUCGUAGCCUCCAGGAGGUCAUGGAAAAAUAUCCCCGCCAUUCGGGCGCCAAAGUGCAUCUUAAGGAACUGAUCGACAAACGGAAACGUUUCCUUCGCUAUCUAAGAAGAUGGGACUAUCGCCGGUUCGAGUACAUCCUGGAGAAGUUGGACUUGGUCUACAAACCUUACCCGACUCACUUUCACUGGAUCACACGAAAAGAUUCGCUUCGUAAGCUGACGGACAUCCACUGCGAAGACAUUAAGAGCACCCGCUUGCAGGCUUACCGCGAGCAACUGGAGGCACAACAGCUGGAUUUCCUAGCCAAAAAGCUAGAGAACCUUGAAUUCAUUCGACGGGAGCAGAUCGAGUGUAAAAUUCCUGUGACGGUAUCGGCCGAACAGAUUCAAGUCGUCAAAAAGCAGUACCAAGAGCUGCAGGAAAAACGAAAACUAUUGGAAACCAAGCCAGAAGAUCAAGAUUAAACAACGCGAGCGUUUGGAUUACAAAACAUAUUUUGUUUAUUUUAUGUAUAAAAAUAUAAUAAUUAUAUUAGUUGCUAA